UUUUCUCACACUCACGAUCAUCUAGUAGCAGCUAGACAUCAUGGCACUCCGAUUAUUCCGGCCUCUACUUCGUACCCCAGUCCUUCGAGUCGUAGCUCGUCCUACUCCUCUUCUCCGAGGAAGUCUCGGGCUGGUUUCCGCUCCCAAGCAGAUAAAGUCGUUCACUUCUUCUCCCCGGAGGUUAGGGAGUGGCGAGUCCGAUACUCAACUUUCCUCCGCUCUGGCGUCAGAACAUACCUAUGAAUUAGAGUCUGCUUCUCCUUCCGAGAUACCAGAGUUUCUGGAGACAUUCCAGGAAAUGAAAAUAUGGGAUAUUCAAGAUGUUUCUGGAUCGGAGGAUGUGGUUCUGACUAGAAAGUUUGGUAAUGAAACCCUAAAAUUGACAUUCCAAAUUUCAGAUAUAGACAAUGAUUUCCCUUCUUCAACAUCUACCGAAGAAACCCUUCCAGAAGAACCUGAAUCAAACGGACCGGCCUAUGUCACCUGUUCUCUCCUACUCACCAAACCCAAUGGCGAACAUUGUCUCGCAUUUGAUCUUGAAGCUGGCGAAGAGGGUUUCGGAUUGACCAAUGUUGCUGUCCUGAACAAAAAGCUAGGUGAGAUGAUAGGCGCCGAAGGGGAUUGGCAAAGACGAAGCAAGUAUAUGGGUCCACAAUUUGACCAUUUGGACAUUGGGGUACAAGAUGGUUUCGUUGCUUAUCUCGCCGAACGAGGAGUGGAUGAUUCUCUCGCUAAUUUCAUACUUGCCUAUUGCGAUUACAAAGAACAAAAGGAAUACGUGGCGUGGUUAUCACAAGUUGGAGAGUUUGUAGAACUUUAA